AUGUUACCUGAGCUUCGUGAGAUCGAACUCAAGUUCUUCGCAUACUUGAACUACGUCAUCUGUUUUAUUACAGGUAUUGUCAGAGAUUGGAUUGACAGGAGAACCGGCAAAGGCCGCAAACCAGCACCAAAAGGUUAUGUUCCAAUUUUCAACGACUUCGCUGAUUUCUUCACCCGCCGUUACUACCACAGAAUUGAUGACUGCUUUGCUCGUGUUGUUACAUCCAAUGCUGGUGCCUUCAUGGACGUCAAGGUUGCAAAGAAGGCCGAUGACCUCGCCCAAAACCAGUUCUUCACAGGUGAAACACGCAGAAUCAUGAACCUUGGUUCCUAUAACUACCUUGGCUUUGGCGAUCCAGAUGAAUAUUGCACACCAGUUGUUAAGCAAGUCCUUGACAAGUACGGUCCAGCCACAUCAUCAUCCCGUGUUGAAGCCGGUACCACACAGAUCCACAAGGAAUUCGAAGAAAUCAUUGCUAAAUUCCUCGGUACAGAAGAUGCAAUUUCCUUUGGUAUGGGUUGGGCUACAAACGCUACAGUUAUUCCAGCUUUCAUGAAGAAGGGCGACCUCAUCAUUUCCGAUGCUCUUAACCACAACUCAAUUAUUACAGGUGCUCGUGCUUCUGGCGCUGCUGUCCGCGUUUUCAAGCACAACGAUAUGGAAAACCUCGAGCAACUUCUCAGAUCCAGCAUCUCCCGUGGCCAGCCAAGAACACAUCAACCAUGGGGCAAGAUCCUUGUUAUUGUCGAAGGUAUCUACUCAAUGGAAGGUGAAACAUGCAAACUCCGUGAAAUUGUCGCACUCAAGAAGCAGUACAAGUUCUACAUAUGGCUCGAUGAAGCUCACUCCAUCGGUUGCAUGGGUGAUACAGGUCGUGGUGUUACAGAACAUCUUGGUGUUAAUCCAAAGGAUGUUGAUUUCCUCAUGGGCACCUUCACAAAGUCCUUUGGCGCCGCUGGUGGCUACAUCGCCGGUUCCAAGCAAAUGAUCAACUACCUCAGAUUAAACUCAUUCGCCAACAUCUACGCUGAUGCCAUGCCAGUUCCAGUUGCCCAGCAGGCAAUGUCCGUCAUCAAGGUCCUUAUGGAGAACGAAGAAGGAAAGAAGAGAAUCUCCCAGCUCCACGAAAACGCUACAUGGUUCAGAGAAGAACUCAAGAGACGCAACUUCAAAGUUCUCAGUGAAGAUAAGUCUCCAGUCGUCCCAAUCAUCAUUCCACCUUUCUCUUACUUCACAGAGGUUUCUCGUAAGGCUUUCGAACUCGGCCUCGGCUUAGUCGUCGUUUCUUUCCCUGCUUGCGAUAUUCUCCAGGGCAGAAUCAGAAUUUGCAUUAACUCAAUCCAUACAAGAGAGGAACUCCAGCACGCACUCGACGUUCUCGAAGAAUGCGUUAAGGAUAUCCCAGCUAAGACUCAAUAA